ACCACCCUCUACCCUCUCUUAUUAUCAUCAUACCUUCUUCUUCUUCUUCUUCUCUUUCUUCCUCACUAAUUCAACAUGCCUCCAGUGUUGCCGGAUUUCUCCAACUCUGUCAAGCUCAAGUAUGUCAAACUUGGCUACCAAUAUCUUGUCAACCACAUUCUCACCCUCACUCUCAUUCCCAUCAUGAUUGCCAUCUCCGUUGAGGUUCUUCGUUUGGGCCCCGACGAGAUCCUCUCCCUUUGGAACUCCCUCCACUUCGAUCUCGUCCAAAUCCUCUGCUCGGCCUUCCUCAUCAUCUUCAUAGCCACCGUCUACUUCAUGUCAAAGCCUCGCACCAUCUACCUCGUUGACUAUGCUUGCUUCAAACCUCCCGUAACAUGCCGUGUUCCUUUUGCUACCUUCAUGGAACACUCCAGACUCAUCUUGAAGAACAACCCCAAGAGUGUCGAGUUUCAAAUGAGGAUUCUAGAACGUUCUGGUCUCGGCGAAGAGACCUGUCUCCCUCCCUCCAUUCACUACAUCCCUCCCAAACCCACCAUGGAGGCUGCCCGAGGUGAGGCCGAGCUUGUUAUUUUCUCCGCCAUGGAAUCUUUGUUCGCCAGAACUGGCCUCAAGCCCAAGGACAUAGACAUCCUCAUCGUUAAUUGCAGCCUCUUUUCUCCCACUCCUUCCUUGUCUGCUAUGGUCAUCAACAAGUUCAAGCUCAGGAGCAACAUCAAGAGCUUCAACCUCUCCGGCAUGGGUUGCAGUGCUGGCCUCAUAUCCAUUGACUUGGCACGUGACCUUCUUCAAGUCCACCCCAAUUCGAACGCCGUCGUCGUCAGCACUGAGAUCAUAACUCCCAACUACUACCAGGGCAACGAGCGAGCCAUGCUUCUUCCAAAUUGCUUGUUCCGAAUGGGGGGUGCUGCUAUUUUGUUGUCGAACCGUAGGUCCGAACGUAGGAGAGCCAAGUACAGGUUGGUACACGUUGUUCGAACACACAAAGGUGCUGACGACAAGGCCUACCGUUGUGUGUUUGAGGAGGAAGACAAAGAAGGGAAGGUGGGGAUUUCACUCCAGAAGGAUCUCAUGGCUAUUGCAGGUGAGGCUCUCAAGUCUAACAUCACCACCAUGGGUCCUCUUGUGCUUCCGGCUUCCGAGCAGUUACUCUUCCUUCUCACUCUCAUCGGGAGGAAAAUCUUCAACCCCAAAUGGAAGCCUUAUAUUCCUGACUUCAAACAAGCGUUUGAGCACUUCUGCAUCCACGCCGGUGGGCGUGCUGUGAUCGAUGAGUUGCAGAAGAAUCUUCAGCUUUCUACUGAACAUGUGGAGGCCUCUAGAAUGACCCUGCACAGGUUCGGAAACACUUCCUCUUCUUCUCUCUGGUACGAGCUGAACUACAUUGAAUCAAAGGGAAGGAUGAAGAGAGGAGAUAGGGUGUGGCAGAUAGCGUUCGGGAGUGGGUUUAAAUGCAACAGUGCUGUGUGGAAGUGCAACAGAAACAUCAAGACACCUGUUGAUGGGCCUUGGUCUGAUUGCAUUGAUCGUUAUCCAGUCCACAUCCCUGAGAUCGUUAAGCUCUAGGGGGAGAAUCGAAUCAAAGAACGAAAAAGAAAGGAAAAAAAGAAAAGAAAUCGGUUAUUAAUUUGGUUUCAGUAUGAAAUGGAUGAGUACUCAUGACCCUUCUCUGCUGUAGCCGAACCACAGAUCUCAUUUCUCAGUCAUAUUGGUCAUUUUAUCAUAUCAUAUCAUAUCCCACUUUUUAUAUAUAUAUAUUUGUUUUCCCCUUUUUUUCCUGUUUAUUUUCCAAACAAUUACAGGGCCUCUAGUGAAUUUGCAUAGACAUAGCCAACAGGGGUUAUGUAUGUGUUUAUUCAUGAAUAGGUGCAACAUGUAAGGGAUACACAGUUGAAUUUCAAGUUUGUAUUUGCUUGGACUAUUAUUGAAAGCUUGUAAUUAGGACUUGAAAAAUGUGAUUAGAAGUGUUUUGCUUGUUGU